CCUUCCUAGCACAGUUUUAGGACUGUCACCUUUUUGUGAUUUGAAGUCACAAAAAAAAACCCUAAACCCUUCCUUCUUCACUUCCUCCCUCCCUCUCCGAACAGAAAAAUAGAAAAUGUUCUCUCCAGGAAUUAAAAGAUCCAGCAAUCGAAAAGCAGCAGCAGCACCUGACAAUAAUUCAAUCCCUAAUCGCCCUGCCACCGGCACUCCCGCUCCUUGGGCUCCUCGCCUCUCAGUUCUCGCCAGAACUCAAUUGACGAAAAAAAGUGAAGAAAAAGCUAGUGAUGCUGAUCCAAUUAAGCCCGUGUAUGUUGGAGAGUUUCCGGAAGUAGUUCGUGAUGAACAAGCCAACUUUCUGCGCAGCCACAUUCCUGGUGAUGCAUCUAUAUCUGGUGGAAUGGAUAAGGAGACGUGCCUUUCCUGGAUCAUUUGCAGAAAUAGACUCUUUAUCUGGAGUCACUUAUCAUCUUCACCUUCAAAAGAUUGUGUUGUUCUUCAACUUCCUUUAGAUUGUUUAGAUGAUGGAGCUCAUAGCAAUAGCGGCUAUCACGGCACAAAUUGGCUGCUUUGUUUUCUCAACUGGGAUCCCACAUCCAGGGGAAGGAAUAAAGCUGUACAAAGUUGCAAGUCUGCUGGUGUGGUAUUGUGUAACCAAAAAACUCGAGCUGUUACAUACUGGCCUGACAUUUACAAUGAAGGCGGAUCUGUUCCAGUUACUUGUAUGUUGUCUUCUGAUGAAUCGGAGGUGACUUCAUUCUCUGUUGAUGGGAAGAGCACCCCUAAUCGGCGGUCUGCAAUUAAUACAAUGGGAUCCAAUUCUUUUAAUUCUUUGAUUGCUUGUGCACGUCCUGCUAGCCAGCAUGUUUCUGUUGCCUUGGCUUGUAGUUCUAAUGGUGCGCUGUGGCGCUUUUAUUGCACCCCCACUGAAAUUCAAUGCAGUAAAGUGUAUCAGGACACAUUGUAUUUAUCCUCCCAUGGCAGUGAUGGUAGUCAAUUUGUCAGGAGCAAGGGCUAUCCAAGGUCACUCAUCUGGCGGUUUUCACCCCAUUCCAUGGACGAUUCUGAACGGCAGUUUUUUUUAUUGACUGAUCAUGAGAUACAGUGUUUCAGUAUAAAACUUAAUCCUGAUUCAAAUGUGUCUAAGAUGUGGUCUCAUGAAAUUGUUGGCACUGACAGUGAUUUGGGCAUUAAAAAGGAUCUGGCUGGUCAGAAACGCAUAUGGCCUCUAGAUGUACAGGUGGAUGACCAUGGCAAAGUCAUCACAGUUCUUGUUGCCACUUUCUGCAAGGAUCGUGUUAGCAGUUCCAGCUACACACAAUAUUCUCUUCUGACCAUGCAAUAUAAGUCGGGAGUCAACAUUUCUUCUGAUGUACAUGAAAGGGUUUUGGAGAAAAAAGCCCCAAUCCAAGUGAUAAUCCCAAAAGCAAGAGUAGAAGAUGAAGAUUUCUUAUUUUCUAUGAGACUUAGAAUAGGAGGCAAGCCUUCAGGCUCAACACUAAUAAUUUCUGGCGAUGGAACAGCAACAGUCUCCCAUUAUUUUAGGAACUCUACACGUCUCUAUCAGUUUGAUCUACCUUAUGAUGCAGGAAAUGUUCUAGAUGCUUCAGCCCUUCCUUCUACAAAUGACGGCGAAGAUGGUGCAUGGAUUGUAUUAACUGAGAAGGCUGGAAUAUGGGCAAUACCAGAAAAGGCUGUUGUGCUUGGUGGAGUUGAACCACCUGAGAGAAGCUUGUCGCGUAAAGGGAGCUCAAAUGAAGGGUCUACACUAGAAGAGAGAAGAAACCUCACGUUUGCAAGCAAUGUUGCUCCUAGAAGGGUAAGUUCUGAAGCAGGGGAUUCUGGUGAUAGAAAAAAGGCUGUUAUGAAUAGGAUUUCACGCCGAACUUCGCAUGAUGAAGAAUCAGAGGCUUUACUUGGUCAGCUUUUCCAUGAUUUUCUGUUAACUGGGCAAGUCGAUGCCUCAUAUGAAAAGCUUCAAAGUUCUGGGGCUUUUGAAAGGGAUGGAGAAACAAAUGUUUUCACCCGCACAAGCAAAUCGAUCAUUGACACCUUAGCUAAACACUGGACAACCACCAGAGGUGCUGAAAUUUUGGCUAUGACCAUGGUAUCCAACCAACUCAUGGAUAAGCAGGAAAAGCAUCAACGAUUUUUACAGUUUCUUGCUCUAUCAAAAUGCCAUGAGGAGCUAUGCACUAAACAGAGACAGUCUUUGCUAACAAUCAUGGAACAUGGAGAAAAACUUUCUGGAAUGAUUCAACUGAGAGAACUGCAAAACACAAUUAGCCAGAACAGGUCAAAUAUGAGCGGCUCCCCACAUUCCAGUUCAGAAGCUCAACUUUCAGGUGCACUAUGGGAUCUAAUUCAGUUAGUUGGUGAAAGAGCCCGCCGCAAUACAGUUCUUCUCAUGGACAGAGACAAUGCUGAAGUGUUUUACAGUAAGGUUUCGGAUCUUGAAGAAGUAUUUUAUUGCUUGCACAGCUACUUAACAUACCUAAUAAAUGAAGAACAGCCUCAUGAGGCUCAGAUCAAGAGGGCUUGUGAACUCUCAAAUGCAGUUGUGUCUAUAGUUCGUUCUGCUAUGCUCUAUAGAAAUGAGCACCAUAUGUGGUAUCCACUAUCCCAGGGCUUAACAUCUUGGUAUUGUCAACCUGUUGUGCGGAAUGGGCUGUGGAGAAUUGCUUCUUUCAUGCUUCAGCUGUUAGAUGGAACAUCUGAACUUGAACUUUCUGCAAAAUCAGAUUUAUGUGCUCAUCUAGAAGUACUGGCUGAAGUUCUACUUGAGGCAUAUGCUGGUGCUGUCACAGCUAAAGUUGAGCGAGGAGGAGAACACAAGGGGCUGCUAGAUGAGUAUUGGAAUAGACGGGAUUCCCUUCUUAACUCCCUCUACAAACAAGUGAAAUAUUUUGUGGAAGGCGGGCACCAGGUUUUAAAUGUAAGAACUGAUGAGCCAGAUGAGGAAAUCCUUAGAAAGCUAACUUCAAAUUUGUUGUCAAUUUCAAAAAGACAUGAAGGGUACAAUACUAUGUGGAGUAUAUGUUGUGACAUCAACGAUUCAGCGCUGCUCAGAAAUCUUAUGCACGACAGCAUGGGACCAAAGGGAGGUUUCAGUUACUUCGUGUUUAAACAACUGUAUGAAAAGAGGCAAAUCUCAAAGCUUCUAAGACUUGGAGAAGAGUUCCAGGAAGAGCUAUCUAUUUUUCUGAAGCAUCACCGAAAUCUGCUGUGGCUUCAUGAAUUGUUUCUGCAUCAGUUUUCCUCAGCUUCUGAAACUCUUCAUGUAUUGGCCCUUUCUCAAGAUGAGACCUCAAUAUCAGAAGCUGAAGAGACCACAGACCAUGUGCAAAACAGAUUUAUAACCACACUGGCAGAUAGAAAGCGUCUUUUGAACCUCUCAAAGAUUGCUAUCAUGGCAGCAGGUAAGACUACUGACUCGGAGACAAAGAUGAAGCGAAUUGAAGCAGAUUUGAAGAUUUUGAAAUUGCAGGAAGAAAUUCUGAAAGUACUUCCUGCCAAUGAAGCAAAUCAAUACGAUGGACAGAGGCUCUUCCGUCCUGAAGAACUCAUAGAGCUGUGCUUUAAAGUUCAAAACCCAGAGCUUGCAUUGCGGGGCUUUGAUGUGUUUGCAUGGACUAGCUCCUCAUUUCGUAGAAGUCACAGAAACCUUCUGGAGGAGUGCUGGAAGAAUGCUGCUGAUCAGGAUGACUGGGGUCAACUCCAUCAAGCAUCUAAAGAUGAAGGGUGGAGUGAUGAGGAAAUCUUGCAGCAACUGAGAGAUACAGUGCUCUUCCAGGCAUCAAGCAGUUGUUAUGGACCCAACGCAGAAAUCAUCGAUGAAGGUUUUGAUGCUGUCUUGCCAUUGAGAAAAGAAAACUCUGGAGUUUCAGCAUUGGAAGAUUUGGAUUUCUCUGUAGAAGCAAUACUGAUGCAGCACAAGGAUUACCCUGAUGCAGGAAAGCUAAUGCUGACAGCAAUCAUGUUAGGAAGUGUACAUGACAAUUCAAAAGUAGAAGAGAAUCCUUCUUCAAUGGAGUAACUGACAUUGUUGCAGUUCAUUCCUAUGGAUUUUUGUAGAUUGAGUAAUAGAAUCUGCAAAACAUUAUUAAUAUUCUAGUCUGAAGUUCUGCCA